GGCAAAAACCUGAAUAAUUGAUGAGCAGAGGAAAGAGUGAAAGCACUGCCGGACGGGACGGUGUGUGUGGGAGUGUGUAGAGAUGGGGGAAAGGGAUACAGUGUGGCAGGAGCCUGGCUACGAUGGGAUCUGCAACUACGCCCAAAGAAUCACCUCCUGCUUCGGACUGGAUGUGGCUCGUGCGCAGGAGACACACCACCACUCCUCAGAGAAGCCCCUGAUUCAGUGCUACAAGUGCGGGGAGCCAUGUAAGGGCGAGGUGCUGCGGGUGCAGAACAAGCACUUCCACCUAAAGUGCUUCACCUGUAAAGUGUGUGGCUGUGACCUCGCCCAGGGGGGGUUCUUCAUGAAGAAUGGAGACUAUCUGUGCACGCUGGACUACCAACGCAUGCACGGCACCCGCUGCAAUGGCUGUGGGGACUUUGUGGAGGGGGAAGUGGUCACUGCCCUGGGCAAGACCUACCACCCUGCCUGCUUUGUCUGCACCAUAUGCAAACGACCGUUCCCCGCCGGGGACAGGGUGACCUUCAACGGGAAGGACUGCUUGUGUCAGUACUGUGUGGAGCCAAUGUCUCCGGGACCAAAGGACAUCCUCGGCUCCAGCAAUUGCGCAGGAUGUGGUCGAGACAUUAAGAACGGACAGGCUCUUCUAGCAUUGGACAAACAAUGGCAUCUGGGCUGCUUUAAGUGUAAGGCCUGCAACAAAGUGCUGACCGGGGAGUACAUCAGCAAGGAUGGCGCCCCCUACUGUGAGAAAGACUACCAGAUCCACUUUGGAGUUCAGUGUGAGGCGUGUCAUCAGUUCAUCACAGGGAAGGUGCUAGAGGCCGGAGAUAAGCACUACCACCCCAGCUGUGCGCGAUGCAGCAGGUGCAAUCAGAUGUUCACAGAAGGAGAAGAGAUGUAUCUGCAAGGAUCAACGGUGUGGCAUCCUGGCUGCAAGAACACCACCCGAACAGAGGAGAGACACAGAGAGCGGCUAUUGCCUCCGUCCCUCUUAUUCCUCCAAAAAACAGAAAGGCAGCCUACGAGGUCGUCAUCAGAGAGUAUUUGUUCCAGACCUGGUUCAAGCAUACCUGGCUCACCGGGUCACACGAUCUAUGCAAAAGUAGACAAUGAGAUCCUUGAUUACCGAGACCUAGCUGCCAUUCCAAAAGUCAAAGCCAUUUAUGACAUUGAGCGCCCUGAUCUUAUUACGUAUGAACCUUUGUACACCACCUCCCUGGAUGAGAGAGACGAGAGACGAGAGAGUGUGGGAGAGCUCCACACUGCCAGGAGGGAGCGUUCCCCCUUGCCCGAUGACAAGUCCUCAAGGAACAUGUCACCAACCCCAUCUGGUGAGGGCUCUUACGACAGGAGGGAACGCAUCCUCCAAAGGUCAACCAGUCAGGGCUCGAUAGGAUCACCAGUUUAUAAUCGCCAUGGUUACACCCCCAGUCUGUCACGGUCUCCUCAGCAUUUUCACAGGCCAGAGGCUCUGACAGGCAUGCAGAAGCUCUGCUCCUCCUUGUGCAGUAACAGUGUGGGCUCCAGAAAUAGUGACUCACGCCCCACCUCCCCUUUCAGACACCACUUCCUCCCCCAUAGCCAAGGCACUGACCCCCCGAGUGGCCGGAGCUCCCCCCUCCCGCUCAGGCCCGACAGCCGGCCGGUCACCCCGCCUCUCUCUCUGACCCCUAAACAUUUCCACCUCCCAGAUCAAGGGAGCAACAUCUACAGAAAACCCCCUAUCUACAAACAACACGAUACAGAUGCCAUAGCACGUCAAAGCAAGUCUGCUGAUGAGAUCAUCAGAUCGGCCACCUUCCCCGCUGCCCAUGCUCCAUCUCCGGAUGACAGCUCGCGGAGUGAGGGCGACCGCUGGCCUUGCUCUCUUGCUGUAUUAGGUUCAGAAGGGGGAAGACGAUCCAGAGAAGAGGAGGAGGAAGACACCUUGAAAAAAAAGCAGAUCCACGAGGAACAUCUCAGCAAGAUUCAGUCUGGUUUGGGAAAGCUCAUUCUGAAGGAGGAGAUGGAAAAAGAUCAGAUCAGGGAGCGUCACACACGUAGCCUCUCUGCUCAGCGCUACGACCCCAAACAGACCGACUGUGACGCAGAACCAACUUCUCCAACCCAAACUAACUCUCUGCCUGGUUAUCGAAGGAACGGGCUGCAUCGGCCCCAGUCCACAGACUUCACCCAGUACAACAGCUACAGUGACAUUUGUGGGGGAGGCAGAGAGUUUCAGCACAUUAAGGAUGGCCGUGCAGCACUUGCAAGGAUGGACAGGGGAGUAUCUAUGCCUAAUAUGUUGGAACCAAAAGUGUAUCCCUAUGAAAUGCUCAUGAUAACCAGUAGAGGGAGAGCUAAACUGCCCAGGGAUGUGGACAGAACCAGACUGGAGCGCCACUUAGCACCCGAAUUGUUCUUUGACAUCUUUGGAAUGGAGGUCCAGGAGUUUGACAGGCUUCCCCUGUGGAAACGCAACAACAUGAAAAAGAAGGCCAAGCUCUUCUAGCACUCAGAGCAGCAUGCACAUACUGUACAUUCAUCCAGAUAGCACACAACAAACUGUAAUCUAGAUGUAGGUUUUUGGGUUUAUUUCCUUUUUCUUCUGGAUGAUUUUUUUUUUAUCCUGGCAUAAUUCAAGGAAGUCACAAGAUGGACUGAACUUUUUGUGUUGCUCUGAAGCUUCCUGAGACUGUGAGCUGAAGGAUUUGUCCAGUUAGAUUUGCACAGGAAUCAAGGAAUCUUUUCCAUGUUCAAAAAUGACAAAGAAUGAGAAUGAUUGAUAAAUAGGUUCAUGUUAUUUGGUUUGACUGCGCUUGUUUUACUUCUUGCUUUGCUUCGAGUGGAACUGCUUUCCUUUCUUUCUUGCUUGUUUCUUCCUACUAUUUGUUGCUGUUGAUUCCUGUGGAACUUUGUAAGUACGGUAGAACCUCAUGGCGCCAUUACCAAAUGCCCAUGCUCGUAGCUUGAACAUGUGUCCGCUUUCCCAACGCUUGGGCUGAAACUGAUUUUGCCCAAAGUUCGCAAGGAUCGGCUCAAUGAGUCUUUGAAUAAAAUAAAUAAAAAAGCCACAGGGAAAGCAGUGAGCUGACCCAUCAACUGUUUUACCAGAUCUCCAUGGAAACCCCUACACAUUGCCAGUCCCCUCCCCUUGCUUCUGUACAAUCCAAACAUUCAUCUGACCCUGACAAAAAUAAAAUGUCUCUCUUCUCAGGCUCUCAUAAACAUGGCCAGACACAUUCCCUUUACAUGUAUUGGAAGUACAAAUCUUAAAUAUAUUUUAGUGCCGUAUCCAAAAUACAGUAACCAACAAAUAUAAAAACACCCAAUGUGAGAAUCAACUGUAUUUGGAAGUACUGUUUUAUAAAUGAAAAACCCACACUGCCAUUUGUUGUAAUUGAAAUUUAAGCAGCCAAUAAAGCUUUAAAUCACCAUGAACCAUAUGA